UUGCAUGAACAAGAACAGAGGUGAGGCAUGCCAAGCAGCAGCGGGGCAUGGGUGGAGGGGCAGGCGUGACGCUGUUGAUGCCGUCAACACCAAAAAGCUAUCGUGAGCUCCGUCACACUAGCAAUCUCCACAUCCACCCAAUACCUACCAUUGGCGCUCCACCAAGUCACCUAUACACACCGCACUCUCACUAGAACCGCCUGUCAUGUCACCGCCUGCCAUCAUCGCGCCGUCGAUUCUUUCGGCAGACUUCGGAGCGUUGGGCAAGGCAUGUUCCGACACAAUCUCCCAAGGCGCCGACUGGCUUCACGUCGACAUCAUGGACGGCCAUUUCGUGCCCAACAUGACCUUUGGCGCGCCCGUCGUAACCAAGAUCCGCUCACACGUCGAUCGACCGACGACCGCACAUGGCAAGGGAACGUUUGACUGCCACAUGAUGAUUGCCGAGCCCAAGAGAUGGGUGCGCGACUUCAAAAAGGCUGGCUGCGACCUGUACUGCUUCCACUACGAAGCCGCCGUCUCGUCAACCGCUGCAGACUCGCCCAGUGGCGAGUCGGACCAGAAGACAUCCCCCAAGGAGCUGGUAAAGUUCAUCCAUAGCGAGGGCAUGCAGGCCGGCAUUGCCAUCAAGCCAAGCACACCGGUCGACGUACUGUGGGAGAUACUAGAGAACCCAAACAAGGACGAGGUUCCUGAUAUGGUUUUAGUUAUGACUGUAGAACCUGGCUUCGGUGGACAGUCUUUCAUGGCAUCCGAGCUGCCCAAGGUAACCGCCCUUCGCCAAAAGUACCCAGAGAUGCACAUCGAGGUCGACGGAGGCCUGAGCGAAAAGACUAUCGAUCAAGCCGCCGAUGCCGGCGCUAAUGUCAUUGUUGCUGGCAGUGCUGUUUUCGGUGCUUCAGACCCUGGCGACGUGAUCAAGAAGCUCAGGGAGGCAGUCGAUGGCAGGAGAGGAAAACUAUAGAAAUGCCAAUGAUCCGGACCAAUGGUAAAUGCUGACGAUGAAUGUGGAUGAGCGUAUGUACAAAUAGAAGUAUUAGAAGCUUACGAUAUAGGUGUAGAAAAAAUAGACGACAGCUGAGAGCGGGAAAUGGAUACUCAUCUGGCGCGAAAUGCCGAGUGAACAAGCGGUGUUCAGCCAUAUCGAGUGGAAGUUCGCAUCAUAUCUGCACAACUGCUGACAUGCGUCGUCGCGAUGUUACACAACAUACCGGCUAAGUUCUACGC